UGACGGAGCUGCGUCGGACCCUGGCCAGGGCAAGAGCAAGAGCAGUGGCUGCCCCACCAAGCACGUCAACAAAUUUCAAGCAGUCGCCCAGUCUCGGUCUCACCAGCUUUCAAACCAUCUCUCCUCCUCCUCCAACUUAUACUCCACCACCACCGCCAACAUGUCUCGCUCCUCCACUUACACCACCCGCAAGGUCGCCGCACCACACACCCUCGAGCACCGCAUCUACAUCGAGAAGGAUGGCGUCCCCGUUUCGCCUUUCCACGACAUUCCGCUGUACGCCAACGAGCAGCAGACCGUGUUGAACAUGGUCGUUGAGAUUCCUCGCUGGACCAAUGCCAAGCAGGAGAUCUCCAAGGACGAGGAGCUCAACCCAAUCAAGCAGGACACCAAGAAGGGCAAGCUCCGCUUCGUCCGCAACUGCUUCCCUCACAAGGGCUACCUCUGGAACUACGGUGCUUUCCCUCAAACCUGGGAAGACCCCAACGUUACCCACCCAGAGACCAAGCAAAAGGGAGACAACGACCCUUUGGAUGUCUGUGAGAUCGGCGAGCUGGUCGCCAAGCCCGGUGAGGUCAAGCAAGUCAAGGUUCUGGGAGUCAUGGCUCUGCUCGACGAGGGCGAGACCGACUGGAAGAUCAUUGUCAUCGACGUCAACGACCCUCUUGCUCCUCGCUUGAACGACAUCGAGGAUGUUGAGCGUCAUCUCCCUGGUCUCCUCCGCGCGAGCAAUGAGUGGUUCCGCAUCUACAAGAUUCCCGACGGCAAGCCAGAGAACCAAUUCGCGUUCUCGGGCGAGUGCAAGAACCGCAAGUAUGCCAUGGACGUCGUCCGAGAGUGCGCUGAGGCGUGGGAGAAGCUCAUCACGGGCAAGACCCAAAAGGGCGAGAUCAACCUCACCAACGUUUCCGUCCAGCACAGCGCCGACCGUGUCGACCCAUCCAAGCUCAACAUCCCAGCUCACGAGGACAAGGCUCCAGCGCCAAUCGACCCAUCGAUUGACAAGUGGUUCUACAUCUCUGGUGCCUCCGCCUAG